AUGCAGCCAAAUGUGCUUUGGACAGUCGGCUUCUCAACUAUGGUGACGUUUCUCCUGUUCGACAUCGGGGAAGCGAGUUUUGCCGACGGCAAAUACUCGGGGAUGAUGGGCAUCGAGCGCCCCGGCCCUGCCUACUCGGAUUACGUGAUUUUCCCAACGGUGCCCAGCCUCUAUCGGGUCCGCCUGAACCCAAUGAUGUCGAAACGGAGCCUGGGACUGUCUGGCUUUGUCGAGCGACCCCGACGCCGUGAUUACAACAUUUGGUUAAAACGACUUGGGAAACGAGCGUCAGCCGCCCUUCCGGAACGGACCCGAGAUUUUGGACGAGUCUGGCUGAAGAAGCUGGGAAAA